ACCAACCCAUCAAUAUUUUGCUCGUCAUUCUUUGUUUACAAACCUUUGUAGAUAUAUAAAGCCAUGGCAUAUGUGACAUCCCUAACCCUUAAGAAUACUUCAUCGAUCACCCUCUCUCUCUCUCUGUCUCUCUCUGAUUCUUUGGAACUGAGAAAAUGGCCGCCAAACGGUUCUUUAAUGAUGCAGAAUCCGACCAAGAUCAGCCAAACGAAAAACGGAAGAGACCUAGACCUUCUUUUGCUUCUGUGAUUGGAGAAGUGGUUCUGGUGAACUCCAUGCAAAGCCUUUUCUCAUCCUUGGAGCCUUUGCUUAGAAGAGUGGUAAGUGAAGAGGUUGACCACUGUCUAAGACGGUGCUCACUCCGCUCAAUGACAAGGUCGCCUUCAAUGAGAAUCCAAGCUCUUGAGCCAUCCAGCGGGGAACUAGUCUUUGCUAAGAAGCUCUCCCUCCCAAUCUUCACCGCAAGCAAGAUAUUAGAUGAAGACAACAACCCAAUCCAAAUCCAGAUCGUGGACAAGACCAAUAACAACACUAAUGGUGCCCAAAUGGUGCCAAUAGCUAGCGAUCUACCCAACCCAAUCAAAGUGGAGAUUGUUGUUCUUGACGGGGACUUCCCCACCGGAGGCCGUGACGAUUGGACGACUGAAGAAUUUGAGAACAACAUAUUGAGGGAGAGAACUGGGAAGCGGCCGUUGCUCACUGGGGACGUAAAUGUGACUGUGAGAGAUGGGCUUACUACAAUUGGGGAGAUUGAGUUCACAGAUAAUUCCAGCUGGAUUAGGAGCAGAAAAUUUAGGCUUGGUGCAAGAGUGGCUCCAGGCACAAGCGCCUAUCAGGGCUCAAGGAUCCGUGAGGCCAUCACCGAUGCUUUCGUUGUUAAAGAUCAUCGUGGAGAAUUGUACAAGAAGCAUCAUCCGCCAAUGUUGGAAGAUGAGGUUUGGCGCCUGGAGAAGAUUGGGAAAGAUGGAGCUUUUCACAAGAAGCUAGCCAAGGAGAACAUUCACACAGUACAAGACUUCUUGAAGUUGUUUGUGGUUGACCGGUCAAAGCUAAGAAAGAUUUUAGGCGUUGGAAUGUCAGAGAAAAUGUGGGAGGUAACAGUAAAGCAUGCCAAUACCUGUGUUAUGGGCAACAAAAUGUUUAUUUAUCGUGGUGUUCAUUUUGCACUUUUCUUGAAUCCGAUAUGUCAAGUGUUGAGAGCUAUGGUUAAUGGGCAAGUUUUCCCUAUUCGGGACCUAAGCAACAUCAAUAGGACAUAUAUUGAGAAUUUGGUGAGGGAAGCCUACGCAAACUGGAAUUCCUUGGAAAUGGUGGAGACUGCCUUAUUGACACAAGGUGAUCAAGUAGUGGAGCAGUAUCCCAACCAUCAUGCUGAGGCAAUGUCAAGAUCAGCAUUCGAUCAGAAUGGACACCUGGGCCUAGCAGCAGCGGAUCAUCACUCAAAAUCUGUCAAUGUGGGUUACCUGCUACCAAGCAAUAGUGCAAGCUCCAACUUUGAGUGCAGUACUGGUAGUGAUAACUGGAAUAUAAAUUCACCAUAUAUAUUCAACCCACUUGUGGAAAGCAGCAUCAUCAAGUGUAGCAUCUCCGACUCAUCUUCAGAUGGCGAUUUACUUUAGCAUCUCAACCCCUUUCAUUACCAAACCAGAGGGGUUGGUUCUAUCUGCAUUUACCUUUUUUUUGCUUAUGUAAAUAUGUAUUAUGAAACUAAUUCUGAUUCUCUAUUUCUAUUUUAUGUGAUGAUAUCAUGUUUAUAAACAAAA